AUGGCUACUGAAUCCUCCGACAUGCAGAUGAUGCAGCAGCUGGUUGUUGAUACACCUUACCAAGCCUUAGAGCCCAAGGUAUCUUACAGACCACGUUACAGAUCGACCGUGGCCAUGAUCACCGGUACCAUCCAGCUUCUGUGUGGCAUCAUCGUGUUCGUUCUCGGAAUCGUUUGUCACGCAAUGAACCUGACCUGGUCGAUGGCCAUCAUUGGUGUGUGGGCUGGUCUCGGGUUCUUCUCUUUGAGUGGAGUGCUUGGGAUCACUUCAGCACGAAGGCAAACAAGUGUGAUCGUUGGCUACAUGACGAUGUCGAUAUUGUCAGCUGUAGUCGCCUUGGUAGCUGGGUGCACAUACGUUUAUGUCGUCUGUGCUGUCAAAGAAACUUGUCCCUUGCUUGAGGAACUUCAUCUGGACAUCGAAGUGCCAACGGACGUCAUCAAUUGUUCGAGACAAGCUGCGGACAUUGCCAUGAAUGGAACGUUGGCUGCCAUCUUCUUUGUGGAACUCGUUUUUGCGCUCAUAGGGUCAUGUAUUACGUGUAGUGGGAUAUUCUGCAACAGAGAACUAUUAGUAGCCACAACACUUAUGACAGACGAUUAUGAAUAACAUCCAUUCGAUGUUGUCAUGCUUUCCCUGAGGCAUUUGAAAGACAAUUGAUUUAACAUCACGGAUGCCACUGAAAAUGGAUCUACAAACGCCCAACGAAGUUUUGAGCGUCGCAAUCACAUCAAACUCAUUCGACUUAUAAAAUAUUUGACAAGUCGAAUUUACAGAAGUUGAAAUUUCUGAAGCUCUUUUAUUCUCAUUUGGGUUUGAUUUCAAGGCAGAGAAGGAGUACGAGACUAGUUCUAAAAAUAGGUUAUGCAGUCUCUCCCGAUGUAUAACAGCCAAAUAACAUCAUUCAUGCAAGAAUGUAAAUGCUGAUCACUGUAUUACCUUUUUUGUUUUAAAUGAUUACGGCAAAUGUAUUACGGCAGUAAGGUAUUUUUGUAUAGCGCCAUCUGACGGUUUGAAAUUCAAGAAGGGGCGCAUUGGAUGAUGCAUUUUAAUUGUAUCUUGUGAAAGUACCUCGCUGUGAUUGGCUUCCUGAAAUGACCACGUGGUACGUGACGUAUGGAUGCAUGCACGCGUGAGCCCGCAGUGAAAGAGGCUUGAUAUCGCGGUCGGGAAGGUUGGGGCCGGAUGGGAUAUAGAAACAGUGAGUUAAUCUGAGAUUCCGCGACAUCUUUACUCACACCUGUGAGCCCAGCCACAAGACUGUGAGUCAGAAAAUGGGUAUCGAAUUGAUCUGAACUCACAGAAAGCAAGACCUCUGAAAGACUGCUGUAAGACCAUGAAAUUUGCUUGAUCUUUUAAUGGUAUAUCAAUGAACUUUUAAAGAUCUCCGAUGUCUUUCACGAUUCCUGAUUGAUCGUUCAGUAGUCUUCGUGGUCCCCAUGAUCUCCAAAACUUUUUGAAACGGUUCAAAACAGUCUUUCAGCGGUCUUACAGGAAAAUGGUCUUUUGAUGGUCUUUCAGCAGUCUUUCAGCGGUCUUUCGAUGAACUUUCAAAGUUCUUAUUAGUCUUUGCAUGAUCUUUCGACAGUCUCUCAAGAUUUUUGCGGAGAUCACUGUAAGACUUAUGAGAGAUCAUUGAAAUGUCAUGAAAGAUCAUUGAAAGACUAAGCAAAGUCCAUGGAAAGAAUUCUGAAAGAUCACUUGUUGCAUAAAAGAUCUCUGAAAGACCUUUGAAAGAUUUCUACAGGACUAGUCUUAGACCAGUAAGACAAGAUAUA